UCGCGCGGCCCCGCCCCGCCGGGCAGGGCAGGAGCUGCGGCUGCGCGGCGCGCGCGGCCUUUUCCCGUUUGCUGCGGAGCGCAGUCGUUGUGCGGAGCGGGCCCCGGCCUGAGGGACCGGACAGUGCCUGGCACGAUGGGGUUUGUGAAAGUUGUCAAGAAUAAGGCGUACUUCAAGAGAUACCAAGUGAAAUUCAGGAGAAGGAGAGAGGGAAAAACUGACUACUAUGCUCGCAAACGUUUGGUUAUUCAAGAUAAAAACAAGUACAACACUCCUAAAUACAGGAUGAUUGUGCGUGUUACCAACAGAGACAUCAUCUGCCAGAUUGCCUAUGCCAGAAUCGAGGGGGACAUGAUCGUGUGCGCUGCCUACGCCCACGAGCUGCCCAAGUACGGUGUCAAAGUGGGCCUGACCAACUACGCUGCUGCCUACUGCACCGGCCUGCUCCUGGCACGCAGGCUUCUGAAUAAAUUUGGCCUUGAUAAGAUCUAUGAAGGCCAAGUUGAAGUCACUGGUGAUGAAUACAAUGUGGAAAGUGUGGAUGGCAAGCCUGGUGCUUUUACAUGCUACCUGGAUGCAGGUCUUGCCAGAACUACCACUGGAAACAAAGUCUUUGGUGCUCUGAAGGGUGCAGUGGAUGGGGGGCUGUCUAUCCCUCAUAGCACCAAACGUUUCCCUGGCUACGACUCGGAGAGCAAAGAGUUCAAUGCUGAGGUUCACCGCAAGCACAUCAUGGGCCAGAACGUGGCCGAUUACAUGCGGUACCUGAUGGAGGAGGAUGAAGAUGCCUACAAGAAACAGUUCUCCCAGUACAUAAAGAACAACGUAACACCCGACGGGAUGGAAGAAAUGUAUAAAAAAGCACAUGCUGCUAUACGGGAUAACCCAGUCCAUGAAAAGAAACCCAAGAGAGACGUCAAGAAAAAGAGAUGGAACUGUCCCAAGAUGUCUCUUGCCCAAAAGAAAGACCGUGUUGCUCAGAAGAAGGCCAGCUUCCUCAGGGCCCAGGAGCGUAGAACGGAGAGCUAAGACAACUUCCACAGUUUUCUUUGAAGCUUUGGAAAAAGUGGCAAUAAAUUUAUUGAGGAAGCAA